UAAAUCGUACGACUUCUAGAUUUCCUACUAAAUGUCUAGUUGUUUUUUAAACUGGCAGCACCAAAUCAUGCUCCGAUAGUACAGUAAUUCCCCAACAGCCCGCCAUUUAGAGUCAGCGUCUAUUAAGAACUACGUGUGCAAGUGAAAAAAAUAUUUUUUUAGUUGUUUAGUUGAGUUGGAUCUAAAUUUUUAUAUUCAUUUGUAAUGACGAAAGAUAUGGAGACUUUUUCGUUCCCCUCGGUUAACGCUAGUCCAGCACCGGCACAGCUUGCAAAGUUCAACGGAAGACAGUUCUACGAUACUUACAAAAAUGCCGAAUUCCUUCACAAUAAAGAGAAUUUAGACAAUAUUCUGGGGAACAGCUUUAAAUUGAAAAAUCAGUUUCAACAGCUAAAACCAGGGGCUACUAUGGCAGUGGAACAAUUCAUGAUCAACGACGAACCUCUUGUCCUCAAGAAAGCCGGAAAUAAAGCCAUUGUAGGCGAACUAGAGUUUACAUUUUAUAGACUCUGCGGUUUGGUCGCUGCCUACGUCUUCGAGAACCGGUACCGAUUUCCCGUAAUAUAUUCGAGCGAAGCAAAUAUGUUGGGGCUCACAUGGGAGAAAAACAACGAAAAACUAUGUCGUUUGUACUUAUCUUCAGUGUCUGGAAGUCAGGACUUCUAUGACCAAUUCUUAUAUUAUCCCAUGAUAUGUGCUUUGAGGAAACUACAUUUGAAGAAAACUAGCGCACAGUCAGUCACAAUAAUUGGGAAUACAAAGAAUGAUGAUGGAAAAACUUUGGUGGAGUUGUUUAUGGAUAAUAACGAUGAAGUAGUGAGGUUGUGGUCGGAGUUUCCUAAGGCAUCCUCGGAGGAACUGACAACGAUAGAUAUGGAGAGAUUUUCGUUCAACUCGGGUGACAACGAUUCAGCAUCGGCAAAACCUUACACGUUCAGAGGGAAGGAUUUCUACCGUACAUACAAAGAUUCAGAGUUUCUUCUCAAUAAGCAGAAUUUGGACAACAUUUUAGCGAAUAGCUUUAAUUUGAAAAAUAAGUUGAAACAAAUGGAACCAGGAGCUACUCUGAAGCUGAAUGGAUUUAAAAUCAGGGGCGAGCCUCUGAUCGUCAAGAACGCCGAGAAAAACGCCGUUGUAGGUGAACUCGAGUUUACAUAUUAUAGACUCUGCGGUUUGGUCGCCGCCUACGUCUUCGAUGAACGACACCGAUUCCCUACAAUCAAUUCGAGCGAAGCAAAUGUGUUGGGCCUCACGUGGAACAACAAAGACGAAGAAAAGUGUCGAAUGUACUUAUCGGCAGUGUCUGGAAGUCAAGAUCAUUAUGAUCAAUUCUCAUUUUGGCCCUUGAUAUGUUCUUUGAGAAAAUUACAUUUGAAGAAAACUAAACUAAAGUCUGUUUUGAUAUUUGCGAAGAUAAAGAACGAUGAAGGGAAGACAAUGGCUGAAUUGUUUAAACAUAAUUAUGAGAAAGCCGAAUGUUUGUGGACUUUGUUUCCUAACGCAACCCUCAAGGAGCUAAUAGAACUCAAAAAACUCUUACCCGAUUGAAGUUAUUUCUUUGUGGAAUUCAAGGGACUUUCUUUAUUUUGUAUCUUAUCUGUUUUGUUUAUUGAUACAGCAAUGAUUCAUUGGAAAUUGUGUCAAGUCGACAACACAAUUCUUUGUAU